GUCUGCGGUGAGAGAGGGAGGUGACCCCCUAUUUGCCCGUAUCUUACCCCUCAGCCGACUCAGGGAGUCAGCAGACCCUUUUCUCUGUGUAGAAAGUAGUAGUUCAGUGGAUCAUCGUAAUCGUCUCUCUCUGUUCAGAAUGGGAAGCGCCCCGGCACAAAUUCCGACGAGCUUCGGGCAUGAGCUGAGGGCUUGCCUUCGUUGCCGCCUCGUCAAAACCUACGACCAGUUUAGGGAAUCGGGGUGCGAGAACUGUCCUUUCUUUAAGAUGGAUGAGGAUCAUGAACGUGUCGUUGAUUGCACCACCCCCAAUUUCACUGGGAUAAUUUCAGUCAUGGAUCCAAGUAGAAGUUGGUCUGCUCGGUGGUUGCGAAUUGGAAAAUUUGCCCCUGGUUGUUACACUCUUGCAGUCUCAGAGGCUCUUCCAGAGGACUUGCAGAAUUUAUGCCAGGAUGAGCAUGUGCAGUAUGUGCCACCAAAACGUGUAUGAGUGUUGUUGAAAGUUUUUGAAGUUUAAACAUUUUGAUGUAAUCAAAUACUUGUUCUGAGACUCAUUGGUCUUCUAAAAUGAGCACCCAGUUGGUACUUGAAGGGUUAUGCUGCAUCCUUUGCUACAAAUGUGAUGAGAGUUAAUCGUC